AUGAAAUUGACAACAUUAUUGUGGUUUCCAGUUGUGCGAAAUUCAAAAGGAGUAGCUGUUUGGCAGGAAUCGGAUCGUAUUAAAUUCCCGAAAGGCAAAAGUGAACGUCGUUUUGCCUGGCAUAAGUCUCCAGUUGUUUACGCUUUGACUAUCACAUUAUACUUACUUUACACUCGAAUCCGAAUUGACAGUGAUAAAAAUUAUAAACCAAAUACAGUGAAAGUAAGUUGUUGCUUUUAUAGUAUGGGCUCGAAUCAUUGCGAAUCAGGAGGAAGCACCAAUGUUGCCGGACCGAUCCCAGCUAACGAAAUCAAAGCAUUGGUGAAAGAGGCGCCGCCAGAAACGAACGAUUUUUAUUUCCAGCAAACGAUGCUGCGUAUCAAAGAUCCUCGAAAAACAUUGCCGUUUUACUGUAAUAUUCUAGGAAUGAGAUUACUGAAGCAGAUGGAUUUUCCAGAAGGGAAAUUCUCCUUAUAUUUCUUGGGCUAUAAGCCUGCAUCGGAAAUCCCUAGUGAUCCUAUAGAGCAGAAACGUUAUGCACUUUCGACAUUGGCAACAAUUGAGUUAACUCAUAAUUGGGGUACCGAAAAUGACCCGAAUUUUAGUUAUCAUAAUGGAAAUAAGGAACCGCGCGGUUUUGGACAUAUCGGUAUAGCAGUAAAGGAUGUUUAUGCAGCAUGUAAACGUUUCGAGGAAUUAGGUGUCCAGUUCGUGAAGAAACCCGAUGAUGGUCGCAUGAAAGGGUUGGCAUUUAUACAGGAUCCGGAUGCAAGUUGUAUUCAAAUAACUACUGAUCUUUAUGGCCCAGCUGGCCUCAUUAAAUUAUACGGAUAUUCACCUUUUGUCUUUGGACUGUAUAAAAGAUUGGAUCGAUGUGGUAUUGGAUCAUGUGGCCCAGGUGUUGGUACAUGCCCAGCACAAUAUACCUAA